AUUCACAAUUCCCACCAUCGCGCGCCACUCUGGGAGAGACCAUAUUUUCUCUCUCAGGCUCGAAACGAUGUCGUUUAGCUCGUCUCUGUCAUCUGCCAACUCCUCUCUGUUUCUCUUCUCCAAAUCCAAGGCUGUCGCCGCUGCUGAUAACAGAACUCUGAGUCCUCCAACCGUCUCCUUCAGCUCUCGGUUCAGAGCUUCUGCUGAAGUUCCUGAUUUCCUCUCGGCCAAUUGGCUGGAAUCUCGCAAGAAGAGACCGUUUGGGCCGAGAUUAAAUUUUAGCGCAGAAGAAGCUGUUCAGCACCAGCUAGAUGCGUUGAAGUACAAUGACCAACCCCGCCCAGAUUAUGGCAUUGAGGUCAUGUACAGGUUUGCCGGGUUUGAUCCUUUUGAGAGGUCCACCUACUUUGGGCCAUUCUUUGAUUUGGGGCAGUUUGAACGGUUCAGGCGGAUUUUUCACCAUUCGACCUAUAGGGUGUUACUAGCUCACAAGGAGAGGGAGAUAUUGAGCAGUUUGUUUGUAGAGGAGAAUCGAUAUAAGCAGCGGAUUUGGAUACGAGGAAGUCGGCCAGAGGAAGAAGAAACAUUCCAGUUCACAAUGGUUCAGAGGGUUGGUGGCUCUUGGGAUGGUUAUUGGUUGACAGAGAGUGUACUUCAUGACGGAGAUGCUUUUUCUGGCGGUUUAGCAUACUGAACAGUAUUGACAGCAGCUACUGUAUCAUUUGUAUGAUGGAACUCUGGAAUUCCGCGAUCUCUGUUGUUUAUACACGGCAUUUGCUCACCUACUGUCUACCUUAGAAUCUGUAUAUGGAAGAAUCAUCAUGUAUUCAAUAUUGUAGGGGAACUUUGUAAAUGCAGUCUUGUAUAUCCAGCUCCGUAUCUUCAGAAAUUAGAUAUAUCCCUCUCCCAACGACAGCAAGCGCUAGAUUUUAAAUUGCAUCUAGCAGUUCGAGUA